GGGUUGGAGGGGGGUUGGAGGGUGCAAAGAGGGAUCUCCAUAGGGAUCCCCAGAGGUCAGAGUGGGAUGGAGGGGAUGGGAUGGGACAAAAGGGGGUGGGAUGGGAUGGAUGGGAUGGGAUGAAGAAUGACAGAGGGUUUAAGGAUGAAUGAGGUGAGGUUGGAGAGGACAGGCAGGGAAAGGAAGGGAUAAUGGGAUGGGGGGGACAGAAUGGGAGAGAGGAGACAGGGAGUAAUGGAUGUGGCAAGGAGAGAUGGAGGCAAAGGGGUGGGGUUGGGGGAAAUGGGGAUAGAAGGGAUAGGAUGGGACAAAGGGUUGGAAAAGGGAUCGCUAUGGGGAUCUUUAGGGGUCUGAAUGAGAUAAAGGAGAUUUGGAGGAGAUGAGGAGGGGUGGGAGAGGACAGAGUGGGAUGGAAGGGACGCGGAGGGAUGGAGAGAACAGAAUGUGCCGGAGGGGGCACAAAAUGUGCCGGAGGGAAUGGGGAGUGAUGGAGGACGGAUAGACGGAGGGGUCGGAAGGAGCGGUCGUCCCAACCUCCCCCCCCCAAUUGGCACCUCUCCCAUCUCGUGGGGUUUCCCGUUCCCAGCGGGCUGCGCCGUUCCGGAACCGCUCAGAACCAGGAGGGGGGGGUUGAGGGGAGGGAGGGAGGGGACAGUUCGAUGCCUCUCCCCCUCGUCCCGUCCCCGUUAAUAGGGCGGCGGUGGAGGGCAGAGCGCUUUCCCAGCCGUGUCCCAUUGGUGUGCCAUGCGCCGGGCGCUCCUGGCGCUGCUGAUCGGCACCGCCGCCCUCGGGGCCACCGCCGAACCCCACUGUCCCGUAACGGGAGGCACAUCGCCACGGCGAGGGGGGGAUACGGCCCCAAAGAGAGUGAAGCGCUUCGCGGCGGUGCAGCGCCACGUGGAGCUGUUGGUGGUGGCUGAUGCGGCCAUGGCACAGUUCCAUGGCACGGAGUUGCAGCCGUACCUCCUGACGGUGUUGGCUACAGCUGCCAGGACCUUCCGGCAUGGCAGCCUGGGUGCUGAGGUGCAGUUGAGGGUGACACGGCUCCUGGUUUUGGGACCCGGUACACCGGGGCCACCUGUCACCUCCAAUGCUGCCCAAACACUGCGUGACUUCUGCCGGUGGCAAAAGGACCUCAAUGUCCCUGAUGAAGACAGUCCCCUCCAUUUCGAUGUCGCCGUCCUCUUCACCCGGCAGGACCUGUGUGGGGCGGCCACAUGUGACACAUUGGGGAUGGCUGAUGUGGGCACCGCCUGCGACCCCGAAUGGAGCUGUGCCAUUGUGGAGGAUGAUGGGCUGCAGUCGGCGUUCACGGUUGCACAUGAGCUGGGCCACGUGCUCAGCAUGCCACACGACGAUUCGCAGCGUUGCAUGGAACUCAACAGCCCCAUGGGCUCCUCACGCCGUGUGAUGGCACCGGUGAUGGGUUCAGUGCCACCAGGAGAGAUGUGGUCCCCAUGCAGCGCCCAUUUCAUCACCGACUUCCUGGACAACGGCCACGGUACGACCUCACGUUGUCCCCAUUGCUACGGGGACAUCCAUGCAGCUCUGCCCCAUUCCUACUUUGGGGCUCAGUGCUGUCUCCUCCGUGCAGGUCGCUGCCUUUUGGAUAAACCCACUGAAUGGCUGAAGCUGCCGUCGGUGCUGCCUGGCGCGGCGUAUCCAGCAGAUCGGCAGUGCCAGCUGGCAUUUGGCCCCGAUUCACGGCACUGUGGGGACGUGCAGCCCUCCUGUGCUGCACUGUGGUGCAGUGGCCGUGCUGGAGGGAGAGCAGUUUGCCAAACCAAGCACUUCCCAUGGGCUGAUGGCACGCCAUGUGCGUUGGGACGGGUGUGUGUCAGCGGGCAGUGCGUGGAUAUGGCCACCGUGGAACAGCUCCGGGUCCCCGUGGAUGGCUCCUGGGGGCCGUGGGCUCCAUGGAGCAGCUGUUCCCGUAGCUGUGGUGGCGGUGUCAGCUCCUCACAUCGCUCCUGCUCCCGGCCCACGCCGCUCAACGGCGGCCGCUUCUGCCGCGGGGAGCGACUCCGCUUCCGCUCCUGCAACGUCGAGGAGUGCCCUGGACGCAGCGCAUUCCGGGAGGAACAAUGUGCUGCUUACAACCACCGCGUCGUUUCGGCGGCGCUGCCGGCGGUGGGCGAUUGGGUGCCACGAUACAGCGGCGUCGCCGAGGAGGAUCGCUGCAAAUUGAUGUGCCAAUCCCGCAGGUUGGGUGUUUACCACGUGCUGCAGCCACGGGUUGUGGAUGGGACGCCGUGCUCAGCAGAGGGCAGUGGGGUUUGCGUGAGGGGCCGCUGCAUCCCCACCGGCUGCGACCGCAUCAUUGGCUCCAAGAAGAAAUUUGACAAAUGCAUGCAGUGUGGUGGUGAUGGUUCCAGCUGUACCAAGGUGUCCGGGUCCUUCACCGCACCCCGCUACGGCUACAACGACGUGAUCACCAUCCCAGCGGGCGCCACGCACCUCCUGGUCCGGCAGGGCUCACCACACGGCACCCACGGUGACAACAUCUACCUGGCACUCCGAAAGCCCUCCGGCCAAGCUCUGCUCAAUGGUGGCUUCAUCCUGGUGCCAUCAGAGCACACGGUGACAUUGCCAGGCGGUGCAGUGCUGCGGUACAGCGGUGCCACGGCCGUUCCUGAAGUGCUGGCGUGCCGGGGGCCAUUGCUGGAGCCUUUGGUGCUGCAAGCUUUGGUGGUGGAUGAGAAGCGCCCACCCCGUUUGAAAUACAGCUUCUUCAUCCCCAGAAAAGCAGCAACCACGGCGUGGGAGAAACAGAAAGCAGAGAUUUUGGAGAUUCUCCGGCAGCGCCGGGCGUAACUGUGGGUUUAUUGGG